UGGACUUUUUCCCACGCCGCUCUUCCAACGCGGGUGUAACCUUUGCUGAUCGGCACGCGUCUAAUGGUGACGUACACUGCUUCCUACGCGGCUACGCUAAAAGAAAGAGAGUCCCCCUCGAAUAUUCCCAAUCUCUUAUUUUGCUGCUGCUCCUGCUUCAUCUUUGUGAAGCCAAGCUUCUAGCUUUGUAUCAUCUUCCGUCGAGGCCAAUCCAAUUCUUUUCAAGCAUGGCUACUGAAAUUGAUCAUCUUCACGUCCUAUUCUUCCCUCUUAUGGCACAAGGACAUAUUUUACCAAGCAUAGACAUGGUUAACCUCUUUGCAGCCAGAGGCGUCAAGACCUCCAUAAUCACUACCACUCACAACGCCCAUUACUUCACCAAAACUAUCGAAAAAACCCAAAACUCUCCCACCGAAAUCAGCCUCAAAGUCAUCGAAUUCCCUGCCAAACAGGCCGGCCUCCCCGAAGGCCUCGAAAACCUUGAUUUGGUCUCCAACCAAGAACACCACCGCAAAUUCUUCGAUGCCCUCUCCUUGCUCCAACAUCCUCUCGAAAACCUAAUUCAAGAACUACGCCCACAUGCCCUUGUUGCCGACAUGUUCUUUCCUUGGGCAACGGAUCUAGCAUCCGAAUAUGGAGUUCCGAGGUUGAUCUUUCAUGGUACCAGCUUCUUCUCCAUGUGUGCUAUGGGAAGCAUAAUGCGGUACAACCCUCACAAAACUGUCUCAUCGGACAACGAGAAAUUUGUCUUGCCUGGCCUACCGGACGAGAUCCAAUUGACGAGAACGCAACUCGCGGAUCAUAUACGGCUAGGAUUCGAGAACGAUUUUACAAGGUUGCUAGAUAGUGCCCAAAAAGCGGAAAAGCGAAGCUUUGGAAUGCUUGUCAAUAGCUUUUACGAGCUCGAACCGGGCUAUGUCGAUUAUUACAGGAAGGUUAUGGGGAGAAAGGCCUGGCAUAUAGGCCCAGUUUCGCUUUGCAACAGGAAAUCCGAAGAUAAGGCCCAGAGAGGAGGAAAGGCAGCCUCCAUUGACGAGCAUGAGUACUGCUUGAAAUGGCUUGGCUCCAAGAAACCAAAUUCGGUUGUCUACGUAUGCUUUGGGACGACCUCAAAGUUUCCAGCUUCUCAGCUGCGCGAGAUUGCAUUAGGCCUUGAAGCUUCAGGGCAACAAUUCAUUUGGGUUGUGAGGAAGAACAAGAACAAUGAGAAAGAAGAGAAGGAAGAUUGGUUGCCUGAAGGGUAUGAGAAGAGAAUGGAAGGUAAGGGACUAAUAAUAAGAGGGUGGGCACCCCAAGUUCUGAUUCUUGAUCACGAAGCAGUUGGAGGUUUUGUGACUCACUGUGGUUGGAACUCAGCGCUCGAAGGGAUCAGCGCGGGGCUGCCAAUGGUAACAUGGCCCAUAUUCGCCGAACAGUUCUUUAACGAGAAGCUGAUCACCGAUGUUUUAAAGAUUGGUGUUAUGGUUGGUGCUCAGCAAUGGGUUAGGCUGGUAGGAGACUAUAUCAAACGGGAAGCCAUAGAGAAGGCAGUUAAGGAGAUUAUGGUGGGCGACAGAGUUGAGGAAAUGAGAAGCAGAGCCAGGGCACUUGGGGAGAUGGCAAAGAGGGCUGUUGAAGAAGGGGGCUCAUCUUACUCUGAGAUGGGUGCUUUAUUGGAAGAAUUAAGGUCAUAUCAUUCUUCGAGAAACCAGGAUUAAUUUUGAAUAGUCAUGAAUGUGUCUUUUUUUCGCUUGGGUUUCGUCUAUGUAAUUUUGAUGAUUGCUGUGCCAGAUUUCUAAUUGAUAAUGUGGAUCUUUUUUCUGGGACAUUAAAGAUAUGAUUUUUCGUCAAA